AUGCUAAACACCAGACCACAAUCACCAACCAUGGCAACCAAUACAGAAAAGGAACAUCACAGCGAUACACAAGACGUUCUUCUUGAUUCUCAAGAAGAAGAAACAACAAGCCGACGGGUUCGAUUUUCGGUCGAUGAAAACGAUACCCAGAGCGCCCCCAACCAAGAACUCACAGCGGAAAUGAUUAGCGAGCUCUGGUACACGCACGAAGAAGUUACAGGAUUCAAGCAGGAAAUUCGAACCCUCGUCAUUCGACGAAUGCAAAAAGGAUCGUUGACCGAAGACGAAAUGGCGGGAUUGGAAAAAUAUCACCCUCAACGCUCGGAAUACAAAAAGUCGGCCAAACAUCACAUUCUACAUGCCCAAACAAAGAGACGAGGCCCUGAAUUUCUUCGUUCUAUAUCACGGCGAUGCACUGCCUGGGCCAGAGCGAUCGCUACGGAACAAGGAUUUCAUGAUUACUGCGCCGUGUACGAUCCAUGGGAUGGCCUCAAUUUCGAGUCUGUCAUUGUUGCUGCUGACACUAAUGACUCUUCAGUGACUAUCACGGAGAAACGAAUGCGCAACGAGGAGGUGGAAGCAUCACAACGUUCUUCUUCUUCUUCUUCUGCUGCUGCCUCCAAGAGACAAAGGUUGUCGCCGCGAUAG